UACCACCUUAACCGUUUAUUCACGUUGUUUAAAGAUGUUAAUAUUGUUAUAUACGAAGGUCCAAAACAGUUUCACACUGUUGUUUUUGCUUCAGACUGAUGCUAAUGCUUCAGUUCUGUAACUCAUGCCCGUGACGUGAUUUAACACAAUGCAGGGCGACACUAGAAAGCUAGACCCAGGACGACCCAGACCAAGAAGUGGUGAAACAAAACAACUCCGCAAAGUUCAUACCAGAAAGGUUCCUUACAGAGUUGGAUACAGCUGGAACAAAGGUGGAAGACUCAAGGAGUUGAGAAUAAGGCACUUGGCCAGAAAGUUCCUGAAGAUAUGGAUGCGGAACACCUUUGGUCGAGUUCCUCCUCAUAAAGCCAAGUCUCACUAUGAAAGCGUGGUGCUGAGACGAGCCUUUGAAGGAUGGAGAGAAGAGUGGUGGACGUCAAGGAGGGAAUGGAGUCUAACAAUGCGGGCAGAGUGUCACUACAGGUAUUAUCUGUAUAACUUGGGAUUCCAUAGCUGGCACGUGUUUAUGUCUAUGCAGAGGAAAAAGAAAAAAAAAUUACAAAAUGCUCAAUCAUAUGCUGACAGGCAACACAUGCGUCUGGUUUGGGACAGGUGGGAGGUUUUCACAGAGAUGAGGAGAAUGAAGAAGAGAAUGCUUGAAUCAGCUUUUGAGCAGAGCAGACUUGCAACUCUGCAUUCUGCAUGGAGCUUAUGGCAGACUAGGCUGCAGCAGCAUCAAUACCUUUACACUUUGGAGGACCAAGCCCUCAAACAGCAGACAAUGACUUUACAGAUGAGGACCUGGCUUCAUUGGAAAGAAAUCCACACAGCUUCCUGUUGCCAGAAAAAAAAAGAAUCCAAGGCUUCACUUCACUUCAUUCUCAAACUGAAAAGAAAAACAUUGCAUCAGUGGAUGAGUUAUGUGUCCUGCUGCCAAACCAAAAGAAAGUCACAAGAUGCAGUUCAGCGUUCCUGUCAUCUCCGUCUGGUGAGGACGUAUUGGAGUACUUGGAGAAAUGCGUUGCAUCGCAGGUGGCGUGAGGAGGACUGUCUGCAAGCUGCAAGGCAGUUAGCCAUACAGAGCACCAAACGCAGAGCACUGGAGCGAUGGAGAGCUUAUGUGACGUUGUGCAGAGACGAAGCUGAAAUAAACCAGAUGGCGAGUCAACACCACCAACAUCAUCUACUGAGUGCUGGAUUGCAGGGACUUUCUCUCAACGUCAUCUGGAACAAAACACAUCGUUUGAACAACAACAUGGCUCUCCAGCAUUAUUAUCAAACUAUGAUAAGGAAGUUUUGGAAGCUGUGGCAGGACCGUCUUGAGGAAGCUGAAGACAAGAGUUUUCAACCACUAACAGAAAUGGCACAGAUUAACUACAGCACGUCCCUGUUGAGCAGCUGUUUUCACCUCUGGAGGGAGAAACUUGCUGAACAGAGACACAUGCAGGAAUUGGAGCAUCGUGCAGACGUUUGGUUUGCAGAGCGCAUGCUGCCUCGGUGUUUCAAUUCGUGGGUUGAGUUCACUCUGCAGAGGAGACUCCAUACACAGAGGAGACACAAGGCAGAAGUCUAUAAUCAGCAACGUCAGUACUCUUGGGUGUUUUACACCUGGUGGGGGCGGUCAGAGAAGCACAAGGAGCAGAUGCUGUCUGAGCGAAUGGCUAUUCUUCAUGAGGAGCGAUGCAACAUGCAGAGAGCCUGGGCUCGCUGGAGGCAAAGGGCAGAGCAGCAGAUCAAUGAGGAGGAAAAACAGAAAGCUUCAGACUGUCUGUACCUGCACCGACUUCUCCACAAGACGAUGACACAGUGGAAGGACAGCAGCACUGAGAUUCGAGACAGGAGAAACCGGGAGCAGAAGGCUUGUCAUCAGGGUGAUCUGCGCUGCAUGAAAUGGGCUCUGGAAAAAUGGAAAAAGUUUGUUCAGAACCAGAGAGUGAAAAAAAGCAAACUGGAGGAGAUGCAGCGUUACCAUGAAGCUAAACUUCUCAAGCACACCUUUGUGACCUGGAAGACACACCACCUACAAAUGUCUCAGAUCUACGGUCAAACCGAGGAACUUUACAGACAGCAAACAAAGCGUUUUCUCAGGACGGCUAUGUCAGUGUGGAGGGAGAACGCAGUGCUACAGGCAGAGGGCCAGCUCAUGGAGCAACAAGCACAGGAUCACUUUCAGCACUUUCUUCAGUUAAAGGUGUUUCUUGCUUGGAGAGAAGCAACAACACGUGCAGUGACAAAGCGCCACCAGCAGGAGGAAGCAGUCAGCAGGGCUGAGAGGUCCACAAACCAAGUACGUCAGCUGCGGUCUUUCAGAAAGUGGAGGAGACAAACCAGAGAUGCUCGGAGGGAGAGGAUGUGUAUGGAAAAAGCCAAACAGCACCAUAACUCCAAACUCCUCUCUGAAGCAAUGAAAAUGUGGAAUAAGCAUCACUAUCAUUACCGGAAACAUAAGGUGAUGAAACGACAAGGGAUCCUGUUGCUGAGAUUAAAGAUGUACCAGACCUACUUUGAACAGUGGAAAAUAAAGCUGCAGCACAGACGGAGAGAAGUUGAGCAGACGGAGCGAGCUCUUUGGCACUGGUCCCUCACUCUUCAAGCCAAGGUCCUGUAUGGGUGGAGGCUGUGGGUCACUGAGCAACGCAGGAAGCAGGAGGAGGCAGCCAGAGCUGCACAGGUCUACAGAGACCAGCUGCUGAGGGAGGGUGUGACAUGCAUUCUUACAUAUGCUGCUCACAUGAAUGAUCUCACAGUGAGCCUCACACAAUACAGAAAAGAGCAAAGGUCAUGUCAUCUCCAGAGAGUGGUUAAACGUUGUGCUAUGCGGUGGAAACAGCGGGCACUCUGCAAACCACAAAGAGAAAAAGCAGUCAGAGAGCAACCACCGAAAAAGAGUGUGACCUUCUGUUUGACUACUCCUGGACUGAAGAGCAUUUCCUCGGCUGACUCAUUGGAGCAGGAAGCUGAAGAUGGAGUGCUUAGCAAGCUGCUUCCCACCCGUAUGCCUCGACGGCCGCCGCGUUGCUGUGAAGAGCUGUUUGAGUCCCCACUGACGGUCUUUCCACAUAAAGGCGCCCAAAACCAGUCUGACAUCACCAGCACUGAAGCAGCUCCAAAACCCUUGGAGUUCUGUUCUUCCUCAAAGAAAAAACAUCCUGCAGUGUUGUCACACCUUCUUCCUGCUAAAGUCCUUGUUACCUCCACACAUCAGAGUGCCAUCGCAUCUACACCCUCUGAGCCUCAAUUGUCUAUAGUGGACUCCUCUAAGGAAACUCAAGACCAAGACCUUCUUUUACCUCCUUCUGCUUUCAUGACCACUGGGUCUCAAAAUAUGUUGGGAAAGACAAGCAGCCCAGGUUCUGGAGAUGCCCCACUUGUGCCUUUUCAUCAGUUUGUUGCUCCAUUUAAACGUAAUUCCAGGUAUCCAGAGAUACAUCUAGGAGCAUCCAUUGAACAAACUGAGGGUGCUCAUAUAGAAGAUGUAUCAACUGAUCCAGCAUCAGCUCUGACAAGAGAACUGCUCAGCAUUCAGCAGGACAUGAACAGUUUCCAACAGGACAGGAAACAACUCCGGGCAUGGCAAAAACUCAAAGAGGUAUUGCAAAGUUGGCUACAGACCAGUGGCGAAGAUGAACAAAUGGAAAAACAUUCCGUUUGUGAGGAGUUGAAGGAGUUGGAGGAGCGCAUCGACAGACUGUCCACCGAACUGGCAAAACGGAAGCCAGCGAUGCUGCUACACACAGAGAGAAUCCAGCAUUUACAGACUGUCCUCCACACUUCAGGAGUUUCUUCUCUCCCUCCAAAAACAUGACAUGGAAACUGACCACUCUGUGUUUACGACGUGACAGGAAACAGCAUUGGCCCGCACACACACUCCCUAAGCGAUUACACCUGCUGAUUGUUUGAACUGCUGUUCAUCUGCCACGAUCACAUUUCUUAAAAUAAUGUGAAGACUGACUUGAGAACUGAAGGAGAAAACUGUUGACACAUAUUUUGCUGUAGAUUUGCUUGUUUUUUAGACAUUUAUACUUCUACUGCACUCGGAUUUUGAAAAAAAUGGAUCUCUUAAUGUCCAGGUAAUGCUGUUGAUUAUUGUUAAAUAUCAUGUAAACAGUCUGAAACUCGUCUCAGCAUGUCCAGAAACAUUACAUCCCAGCACCAUUAAGCAGCCUUCACCUCUACACUUUAAAUCUACAAAAGGUUGGAUAGGGGUUGUCCUUGUGACAGAUGGUGCUAAAUAUUUUCCAUAUGUGUGCAAAAAGUGACUUUACUGUUUUCAGAGGCUCAGCCCUUGCGCAAUAGGUUUUCUAUUUCCCCGUUAGAACCAGUGCCUCUAAUACUUUGGAAAAUCUAUGCAGGAAAAUCAGUGAUUUCAGAAUAACAGAAAGGACAGCUGUCUGUUGUGCUCUGCAUUCUGGAUAAGGCAGUUUUUUACAAAUCUUUGAUCUACAACCGGGCAGAAUGCGAGGUGUUUAUGCUAUUUUACUCUUUUUCAUCUUGGUCUGCUGCAUCAGGGGUAAGUUUUGUUACUGAUCUAGUUCAUUUAUUUACACUGAUAAGUCAUUUUGUGCUCAUAUUCAGUCUCACUGUGAAUGUUGAAUGUUCUAUGUCUGUUUUUUCUUUUUUUUAGUUUUGGCUUCUGAUUGUUGCUGGAAAAGUUGUUGCCCUGUUUGCGGAGCUUUUUGCUUUUCAGGACAUUAAAACUGAUUUUAACAUUAUAAAUGUUGUAAAAUAAUUUCACAGUUUACUGAUAUGUAAAGUAGGCUUUAGAUUUUCUUGA